AUGGGAUCUGGGUCCGUCUCCUCUUUGGGGGCUCGUUAUGUAAUCGAUUCAUUGACCUUGUACAACUUUGAAGACUCAAAAGCUACCGAGUUCUUCAGUGAAGGUCAUAGGAUCAAGGGAUCUGUUUAUCACGACAUGAUUAAUGGUGAUGACGCUGCUAUAAAGAGGAUGAAAGGGGAUGUCUCAAACGAGAUGAAUAUACUAAAACAAAUCAAGCAUUCCAAUGUGAUCAGACUAUCUGGGUUCUGUGUACACCAUGGGAACACCUAUCUUGUUUAUGAAUUUGCGGAGAAGGAUUCCUUAAGAGAUUGGCUUCACGAGAAGGAGUAUCAGAGUUCUUGCCCUCUUGAGUGGACGCAAAGAGUUCAAAUUGCUUACGAUAUGACAGAAGGGCUUAAUUACCUUCAUAACUACUCGAAUGCCCCUUACAUUCACAAGGACUUGAAGAGCAGUAAAAUUCACUUGGACUCAAAUUUCAGAGCCAAGAUUGGUAAUUUUGGAUUGGCGAGAACCUUAGAGGAGGAGAAUCUUCAUUUCUGUAUAGGAGAGAUAAAUCAUCUUAUGGAACUAAAUGUCUCUUUCAACAAUCUCAAUGGUUCAAUUCCUGCAUCUUUGGGUGAUUUGGACGAUCUUACUACUUUAUCACUCUUUGUCAAUGCACUUUCUGGUUCUAUUCCUGUCGAAAUAGGAAAUUUGAAAAAUCUGACUGGGUUAUGUAUGUACAGGAAUUUUCUAACAGGAUCCAUCCCCUCCACAUUUGGGAACUUAACCAAGUUGACCAAGUUAUAUCUGUAUCAAAAUAAUCUUUCUGGUCCCAUUCCUUCAGAAAUAGGAAACUUGGCAUCCCUUGUAAAUUUAGAACUAUCUACAAAUCUUCUGACUGGAUCCAUCCCCUCCACAUUUGGGAACUUAACCAAGUUGACCACGUUAUAUCUGCAUCAGAAUAAUCUUUCUGGUCCCAUUCCUUUAGAAAUAGGAAACUUGGCAUCCCUUGUAGAUUUAGAACUGUCUACAAAUCUUCUGACUGCAUCCAUCCCCUCCACAUUUGGGAACUUAACAAAGCUGACAACGUUAUAUCUGUAUCAGAAUAAUCUUUCUGGUCCCAUUCCUUCAAAAAUAGGAAACUUGGCAUCCCUAGUAGAUUUAGCACUGUCUACAAAUCUUCUGACUGGAUCCAUCCCCUCCACAUUUGGGAACUUAACCAAGUUGACCAAGUUAUAUCUGUAUCAAAAUAAUCUUUCUGGUCCCAUUCCUUCAGAAAUAGGAAACUUGGCAUCCCUUGUAAAUUUAGAACUGUCUACAAAUCUUCUGACUGGAUCCAUCCCCUCCACAUUUGGGAACUUAACCAAGUUGACCACGUUAUAUCUAUCUCAGAAUAAUCUUUCUGGUCACAUUCCUUUAGAAAUAGGAAACUUGGCAUCCCUUGUAGAUUUAGAACUGUCUACAAAUCUUCUGACUGGAUCCAUCCCCUCCACAUUUGGGAACUUAACCAAGCUGACAAUGUUAUAUCUGUAUCAGAAUAAUCUUUCUGGUCCCAUUCCUUCAAAAAUAGGAAACUUGGCAUCCCUUGUAGAUUUAGCACUGUCUACAAAUCUUCUGACUGGAUCCAUCCCCUCCACAUUUGGGAACUUAACCAAGCUGACAACGUUAUAUCUGUAUCAGAAUAAUCUUUCUGGUCCCAUUCCUUCAGAAAUAGGAAACUUGGCAUCCCUUGUAGAUUUAGGACUGUCUACAAAUCUUCUGACUGGAUCCAUCCCCUCCACAUUUGGGAACUUAACCAAGUUGACCAAGUUAUAUCUGUCUCAGAAUAAUCUUUCUGGUCCCAUCCCUUUAGAAAUAGGAAACUUGGCAUCCCUUGUAGAUUUAGAACUGUCUCAGAAUAAUCUUUCUGGUCCCAUUCCUUCAGAAAUAGGAAACUUGGCAUCCCUUGUAGAUUUAUACCUGUCUACAAAUCUUCUGACUGGAUCCAUCCCCUCCACAUUUGGGAACUUAACCAAGUUAGCCAACUUGAUCUUGUUAGAAAAUCAAUUAUCUGGCAUCAUCCCUGCAUCUAUAGGAAAUUUGAAAAAUUUAGUUUUCCUAUAUAUUAGUCACAACAAUUUCUCUGGCAAUUUACCGCCAUGCAUUGGUGGAUCACUUUUAUAUUUCAUUGCAAGUGACAAUUGUUUCACCAGUACCAUCUUGAAAGGGUUGAGAAAUUGCACAAGCAUUUUGAGAAUCCGAAUAGAGAACAACCAAUUGAAGGGAAAUGUAUCAGAAGUUUUUGGUUCGUAUCCACAUUUGUAUUACAUCAAUCUGAGCAAUAACCAAUUCUAUGGUGAGAUUUCAUCAGAUUGGGGAAAGUGCCCAAAUCUUACAAGCCUAGUGAUGUCAAGAAAUGAGAUUACUGGUAGGAUACCUCCAGAGCUUGGGAAGUCACCUCUACUACAACGGCUUGACCUUUCUUCCAACCGUCUAAUUGGAGAGAUUCCAAAGGAAUUAUUGGAAAUGAAGAUUUUGUUAAGCCUAAAUUUGAGCCAUAACCAACUUUCAGGUAUGUUGCCAUCGGAAAUUGGAAAGUUGUCAAACCAAGAAGAACUUGAUUUGUCAGCCAACAAUCUAAUUGGACCUAUUCCGCAACAGCUAGGGGAUUGCGUCAAAAUGAUUUACCUACACUUGGGUAAAAACAGAUUUAAUGGAAGCAUUCCAAACCAAAUGGGUAACCUGAUUUCACUACAGAUUCUAUUGGAUCUUAGUCAUAAUCAACUCUUGGGAAAGAUACCAUCAGAGAUUGGGCAAUUGCAUAGUCUGGAAACUUUAAAUCUCUCACACAAUAUGCUCUCCGGUUCCAUUCCCUCAUCACUAGAAGAGAUGUUGAGUUUGACAUGCAUUGACAUAUCAUACAAUGAGUUGGAAGGUCCGAUUCCCCAAAUUAAAGCCUUCGCAGAUGCUCCUAGAGAGGCUUUCAUAAACAACAAAGCAUUGUGUGGCAAUGCUUCAAAAGGUUUACCCUCUUGCAAUUCUUCUAUGAUAGAAAAGAGGACUUCUGGAAAGAAGCACAUGUACAUCUUUUAUAUCUUACUUCCUAUUUUGAGUGCAAUGUUUCUACCAUCCAUAGUUAUAGGAAUUGCUUGGGUUUUUCAAAGAAAAGCAAAGAAAAAUAUAGAAACAGGACAAGAGGAAAUAAUUGAUCAGGGAGAUCUAUUUGCAAUAUGUAACUAUGAUGGUAGAAUUGUGCAUGAAAAUAUCAUUGAAGCAACAGAGAACUUUGAUGACAAGCAUUGCAUUGGGAGAGGAGGAUAUGGAAGUGUUUACAAAGCAACUUUAUCAACUGGUCAAUUGGUAGCUGUGAAGAAGCUUCAUCCAUUACAAGAAGAUGUUGGCGUGGUCAAAAAAAAUCAUUUUACAAAUGAGAUUCGUGCAUUAACUGAAAUACGACACAUGAACAUUGUAAAAUUUUAUGGUUUCUGUUCACAUGCACGGCACUCAUAUUUGGUUUAUGAGUAUUUGGAAAGGGGAAGUUUGGCUAAGAUCCUUGGAGAUGUGGGGAAGGCGACAGAGUUGGAUUGGAUCAAGAGAAUAAAUGUAAUUAAAGGCGUGGCCAAUGCACUAUCUUACAUGCACCAUGAUUGCUCACCACCAAUAAUUCAUAGAGACAUAUCGGGUGGAAAUAUUUUGUUGGAUAUAGAGUAUGAAGCUCGUGUGUCAGAUUUUGGCAUUGCAAGGCUUCUAAUGCCCGAUUCAAGUAAUUGGACUUCUCUUGCAGGCACUUAUGGCUAUCUUGCCCCAGAGUUUGCUUAUACAAUGCGGGUGACAGAAAAGUGUGAUGUGUAUAGCUUUGGUGUGGUAACAAUAGAAAUAUUAAUGGGAAAGCACCCUGGUGAGCUCCUUUCAUCUUUAUCACUAUCAUCAUUGACAUCGUUGGAAUCGUCAUCAACUAUACAAACCAUGAUGUUGAAGGAUGUUUUAGACCAACGACUCCCUCCUCCCACAACUGAUGUUUAUGGAGCGGUGGUUCCUAUUGUACAAAUGGCAUUUACAUGCUUGAAUGGUGAUCCCCAAUCUCGGCCAACCAUGAAACAUGUGUCUCAGGAGCUAUCAUCUCACAAGCCAAUUUCUAUUGAAUCAUUUCAAACAGCCACAUUAGGAGAAUUCUUGCAUGGAGGAAGAGUACUCAGGUAGAUGCAAGUGCAUUUAUCUUGAUUGAAAAAGCCAAUGUGUGAUUAAUAUGUCAUAAAUAAUCCCAAUAAUGUUCCUUUGUUUUUUAUCUAAUAAUCUUGGCAUUUUUUUC